GCCGACAGUGCCGACCUUCUGAUCUCUCAACACAAUCGGUGGGCAGCUGUGCUCAACGGGAUGCGUUAUGUCCCCGUAGCAGGCGCCGAGCCGACAGCAGUACAGCAGGAGAGACAAAACCUGGCAGACAUUCUACUAUGCACAAUGCGUGCAGUUAUCUGGAACAGCACCAUGGGUGACCUUCAUUCCAGGUCUACACGGCAGCUACAGCACGAUCUUAACCAUAACGUGAAGACGCUUGCAGCAGCCGUCAAGAUCGCGGACUCCCAGCUGCAACAGAUGAACACCCGCAUUGCUGCUCUGGAGGCAAGGCCUUCCCAAGCAGCGCGAGGCUGCACGACAGCCACGGCGAAACAGCUCGUUGAGCGCAUCGACCAUGUCGUCAAUCUAAUCGACAAACUAGGUGAUUUCACUAGUCCGUCCACGAUCAGCAGCACGGUGGCCGCCAUCAAGACAGACAUCACCAAACUGCAGACAAGACCGGACGCCACUACAAAGAACUACAAGAUGCGGCACUUCAACAUCAGCAAGUUUGACGACUACAACAAGACGGACGCCUUGACAUGGUGGCAAGGUUUCCUCACGGAAGCAUCCUGCCGCUCUGUCCCGGCUGAAGACAUGAUGAAGGCACUCUACCUCCAACUGAUUGGAGGAGCACAGGCAUGGAUGAACCAUCUUGCGGCCACCAAGAAAUGCACCAUCGCCGAACCCCGAACGCACAUUCCGUGGCAGGAGUUCGAGCAACUGUGGUUCACUCGAUUCAUGGUAUGCAACGUUGUAAAGGCGGCCAUGAACGAGGUCUACACAAGCGCACAAGGAAGCAUGCCAAAUCGAGAUUGGACGAUCAAGUGGCAGAAGAUAGUGACCACACCAGGUUUCGAUUUCAGUUUUCCAAACCAACGAUCCGAGUUCUUCUCGCGAUUGUGCGCCGGACUGCGAACGGCACUCGACAACGAGUACAAUUAUGCCUCAUUCCAAGCUAUACUGGAUCGUGCGAACCUGGUCAUCCAAACGGAUGACAAGGCCGCUAACGAACAGCAGUCCCAACCGCACUAUGUGGCUAAGCAGGGCUAUCAACGUCCGACACAUAACAAUGUCGUGAUUUCCGAAGAAACAGUCGAUCUCCAUACUGCAGCAGCAUCCUCGAGUGCUGGAGGAACUGUCGCAGCGCUCCGGCCGAAGCGUUACCACCAGAUUGAAAUCCAGCCUCAAGAUGGGUACAAAACCGCGUUCAAGACGCGGUACGGGCACUUUGAGUGGGUUGUCAUGCCAUUUGGCCUCACCAAUGCCCCCGCAACUUUCCAAGCAAUUAUGACAACCGAGUUUCGCGACUUGCUCGAUCACAGCUUCCUCAUCUACCUCGAUGACAUCUUGGUUUAUAAUAGGACGUUGGACGAGCACAUCGUACACCUUCGCGCUGUUUUGGAUCGUUUGCGACUGGCCAAGUACAAAACGAAUCUCGACAAGUGUGAGUUCGCCAAGCAGGAGCUUGAGUACUUGGGUCAUUAUGUCGCGCCGAAAGGCAUUCGUCCCUUAGCGGACAAGAUCCAAGCCCUCGUGGAUUGGCCGGAAACCCGUUGCACGACGGAUGUACACUCUUUCAUGGGUUUGGCUGGAUAUUAUCAGCGAUUCGUCGAGUCAUACUCGAAAGUGGCCGCUCCCUUGUCGAGACUUCAGUCCCCAAAGGUGCCCUUCGAGUUCGACAACGCAGCCCGUGGCGCGUUCAAUACGUUGAAGGCAGCAAUGCAAGCCGCACCUGCCCUCCGUAUGUACGACCCCACCCUUCCCACCCAAGUGACUACGGACGCUUCGGGAUACAGUAUUGGUGCGGUGUUGGAACAGUGUCACGAGGACGGUUGGCACCCGGUCGAGUAUUUCUCCCAAAAGGUGCCUCUCGUCAACACUCUCGACGACGCUAGAAGGAAAGAGCUACUCGCGUUCGUCAUCGUUCUCAAACGGUGGUGCCAGUUUCUUCUCGGUCGUCGGCGUUUUAAAUGGAAUACAGACAACAAUCCGUUGACCUUUUACAAAACGCAGGAUACGGUCACUAGCACGAUCGGUCGAUGGAUGUAUUACAUCAACCAGUUCGACUUUGACCCGUACCACAUUCCCGGUCCCGCCAAUCGAGUUGCGGGCGCCCUCUCACGACAGCCCGAUUUUUGUGCCAUUGUGACCACGCCAUCCGACCUCGACGACGAUCUGCCAUUGAGUCAUGUACAGUUUGCCACCGUAACAAGGGUCGAUCUCGAGUCCCCUUCGGCGAACUGAAACCGUUGCCGAUUCCUCAGGCACCGGCCUCUCCAUUGCUAUGGACAUUACAGCCCGUUCCGUC